AUGGAACGACCACCUUUGGUCAGAGAUCUUAUGGAAGAUCUUGAAAAUAAAACUCAUGUACCAAUAAUGAAUCAACAAGUAUUUUAUCGUGGAGAACGUUUACAUGAAACCCCUAAUAGAUCAUUGGAACAAUAUGGGAUAUUUAAUGGAAAUCAUAUUAAUUUAGUUGGAGAAAAAUUAACAGGUACAGAAGAAGAACAUUUUGGACGUUUAUUAAAUCUUGAAAGAGAUGUGAAAGUUAUCGAUGGACUACUUGAACUUAUUUGCAAUGAAUUUAAACAUUUUCAACAUAGAAAUGAACCACGAAAUCAAAAUGAACGAUAUCUUCAUGAUUUAUAUGUACGAAGUGAACGUUGUCGUUCCGAUUUCCAAACAUUUCAAUCAAUUGCAAUGAAUAUUAAUAUUACACCAUCUGCACAUGAUGCUUACAGAAAAAAGAAUGAAAUCAAUGCACUCAUUCGCGAUCGUACAGAUAUUUCAUCGAAUGUUAUUUCUGCUAUUACGUCAUAUCAAGGUGGAAGCAAUGAUUAUAAACUUCCUACCAAUGAUCAUUAUCUUUUUCAUAAACAUUAG